UUUAGCCAAGAUGAAAGUGGUUGCUUUCUUGUGUUUCGUGGUCGUAGCCGGGGCGAUGCCCAUGGCAAAGGAAGAUGGGGCUUUGGAAAAGUUCCUGUCGACGCUAAGGGAUUGUGUGGAAACCGACACCAUGAUGUGUCUAAAGGAGAAAGCUCUGAAGUAUACAGAAAACCUGGCCAACUCCAAGGAGCUGAGCGUUGUUGAUGGAAUCGCCUUCUCUGGAACCGGCAGUCCUCGUUCCGCUAGGAGCUACGACCCUCUUCCUGAAGAGCCUAAAGCCAGAGAAGCCAUGAUUGAAGACAGGAUUCUCGACAAUGUUGUAGACUUCCUAGACAGUCACGUCUUACAGCUGAGAAUGCCCAAGUCUUUCACUGAAGACAACUCCAUUGAAGAGGAAGGCCGUGGUAAGAAGAAGAAGAAGCUGAAGAAGCUCCUGCCCAUCCUUGCGCUGAUCAAGUUGAAGCUGGCUGCUCUCGUUCCCCUCUUCCUUGGUAUCAUCGCCUUCGCAGUCUUCAAGGCCUACCUGCUUGGCAAGAUUGCCUUCAUUGCCGCUGCCUUCGGAGCUCUGAAGAAACUCCUCGAGUCCAAAAAGAGCAGUGGAUGGUCAGAGCCCGCCCACGAAGAACACCAUGGUUGGGAGCAAUCUGGUGGAUGGGGAAGGUCACAGGACGCCCAGAAUUUGGCGUAUGGCGCCCACGUCAAACAAGCGUAGGCGAACUGGCUUGAUUGCGAUGAAGCUAUAAAUAAUCAUGGCUUGAAUAUUUGUAUGUAUGUAUCUUACUUGUACCAAAAGUAAGACAAAUUGAGUAAGAUUUUGCAUACUCAAUAUUUCAAAUUGGAAACUAUAAAAGCUUGACUACAUUUGUAGGUUUCUCGCAGUCUGGUAAUAGUUAUUUAAAUCUAUCUAGAAGUAAAUAGCGCGCCAUAUUAGCUACUUCAACUUUUGAAGUAACUAGGUAUUUCUCUUUUAUUUUCAGUCAUAUUUUACUCAGUUUUCUAUCUUUCUUAGUAACCACCGUAAAUUAUAACAUUAUUUAUAUAAUCGUCGUGAAUGUAUUGAUGCGUGCUUGUGUGAAUGUCUGAAUGAUACAGAACAGUAUUUUUUAUUUUACCAGUAUUUUUAUUAUCUGUAUUUUAAUUUGCUUUUAAGUUUUUAACGACUGAUUUAAUUUAGUCUUUUUAUUUUAGUUCGUUAUGUAUAUAUUUAUGUGUAUAUAUGUAUUUAUCUGAUAGUAUUAUAUACGUAUUUACUUAACUUUCUUCUUAUAGAAGAUUGUGAGUGGACAGUUGUAUAUUUUACCAAAUAUUUUUAAGUUUUAGUUCCAAAGAUGUUUAUUUUUUCUUUUAGUUGUUUUUUUACUUGUCUUUAAAUAUGUUUUGAAUUUGUAUCGAGUCAUCUGUGUGAGUGUUAUUUGAGUCAUAUUUAUUACCGAGUGAACGAAUUUAUUUAUUAAACGAUUGUAGAUAUUAUCGUUUACGAUGGAUCCACGUAAA